AUGACAAUCGUGGUGGAUCUGGUUAUUGCAAAAGUUCCUGUUCCAAAAAUACUGAAUGCACAUGCUGCCCCAAAGAUGUACCUUACAAAGGCCUGCACUAUUGGUCCAUGUGGUGGUGGUUGUGGUGGAGGUUGUGGUGGUGGUUGUGGUGGUGGUUCAUGUAGCGGUGGUGGAGGACCAUGUAAGCCAAGUGGCGGUGGUGGGCCUGACUCAUGUGGUGGAGGGCCGGGGUCAUGUGGAGGUCCUGGAGGUCCUGGAGGUCCUGGCCAUGGAGGUCCUGGUCAUGGUGGUCCUGGUCAUGGAGGUCUUGGACAUAAAGGUUCUGCUCAUGGUAGUCUUGGACAUAAAGGUUCUGCUCAUGGUAGUCUUGAUCACGGAGGUUCUGGUACAUGUGGAGGUUCAGCUACAUGCGGUGGUUCAGAACCACAACCAAAAGUAUCCUUCAUGGACAAACCCCAACAUGCCCCUAGUGGUCCGUUUCCAGUAGGACCUGGUCCCGCCGCAGGUGGUCCUGGGCCGUGUAGUCCAACUCCAAAUCAUGGUCCAAUUGGCCCUGGUAUGGGUUCUGGGCCAUGUGUUCCUGAACAUGGUACACACGGAGGUUACGGCCCUGGGGGUUUUCAUAGUCCUCGACGAGGACUAGCUGGUCAUAACAAACCGUGCGGUGCAGGUGGUGGCCCAAAGGCUGCAUGCCCAGAACUAGUCGUCCACCAUGUGGUCCAGCACCUUUAG